AAGCGUAAUCCAUAUUUUGGAAACUUCUGCCAUAAGGUGGUUGUCUUGCUUGAAGGGCCCUUCUCUCUCUCUCUCUCUCUCCUCUUCAUUCAUUCUCUCUCUGUACAUCUCCAUGAGAUGCAGGAUAUCAAAAACACCAUCUUCGUCUUCUUCAUCCAUCUUUGUCCUCUUUUCAUAUUUGUUCUUGUUUUCUAAUAUUUAAUACUAACUAUUCACUUGGGUCAGCCUUAAUUCUCAGUUGGGUUUUUGUUUUUAUUUAUUAUUUAUUGGGUUUGUGGCUGUCAGAGAUAGCCAAAAGCAAUGGCUUUGGCCGCCGCAAUUUUGAUCGCCGUCGCUGCAGUUUUACUCCCGGCGGCAGUGGUUCUCUGUGACUUUCCGGCGACUUUGAUGCUGGAGAGAGCUUUCCCUUCUAACCAUGGAAUCCAACUGAGCCAGCUCGUCGCCCGAGACAGACUCAGACAUGGAAGGGUGUUGCAGUCUUUGGAUGGUGUUGUUGAUUUUCGAGUAGAAGGGACCUUCGAUCCCUUUGUUGUUGGGCUAUAUUUUACAAAACUGCAAUUGGGUUCUCCACCAAAAGAUUUCUAUGUCCAGAUUGAUACUGGGAGUGAUGUUUUGUGGGUCAGUUGUGGUUCCUGCAAUGGUUGCCCUCAGACUAGUGGACUCCAAAUUCCACUCAACUUCUUUGAUCCUGGGAGCUCAUCAACAUCAUCCUUAGUCUCUUGUUCAGAUAAGAGAUGUAGUCUUGGGAUUCAAUCAUCAGACUCUGCUUGUUCUUCUCAGACCAACCAGUGUUCAUACACUUUCCAGUAUGGAGAUGGAAGUGGAACCUCAGGCUACUAUGUUUCGGAUUUGUUGCACUUUGACAUGGUUGUUGGAGCUUCCAUGAUUCAAAAUGCUUCAGCUCCUAUUCUUUUCGGGUGUAGCACCUUGCAAACUGGAGACUUGACAAAGUCAGAUAGAGCAGUUGAUGGGAUUUUCGGGUUUGGGCAGCAAGGGAUGUCUGUUAUCUCUCAAUUGGCUUCACAAGGAAUAGCACCAAAAGUGUUCUCCCACUGCUUGAAGGGAGACGAUAGUGGUGGUGGUAUAUUGGUUCUUGGCGAAAUCAUCGAACCAAACAUAGUUUAUAGUCCACUUGUCCCCUCUCAGCCUCACUAUAAUCUGAAUCUGCAAAGCAUUUCUGUAAAUGGUCAACCAAUAUCCAUUGACCCAUCAGUGUUUGCAACAUCAAGCAACAGAGGAACCAUUAUUGAUUCUGGUACAACUUUGGCAUACCUUGCAGAAGAAGCUUAUGGGCCCUUUAUCAACGCUAUUACCAACACAGUGUCACAAUCUGCAAGACCUGUUCUUGCCAAGGGAAGUCAGUGUUAUUUAAUCACCUCCAGUGUCACUGAUAUAUUUCCUCAAGUUAGUUUGAACUUUGCUGGUGGUGCCUCCAUGUUUUUGAGACCUCAGGACUACCUUAUACAACAGAAUUCUAUUGGUGGUGCUGCAGUUUGGUGCAUUGGGUUUCAGAAAAUUCCAGGUCAAGGGAUAACAAUUCUAGGAGAUCUUGUCCUUAAAGACAAAAUUGUUGUUUAUGAUUUGGCUGCUCAUAGGAUUGGAUGGGCUAAUUAUGAUUGUUCCAUGUCGGUUAAUGUCUCGACAACUUCAAGUAUUGGGAAAACCGAAUUUGUCAACGCAGGACAACUGAGCGAUAGCAGUUCGCAUCAAAAUGAAGCUUACAACUCUGUACUUAUUUGCACAUUACUAGCCUUCCUUGUUCACAUAGCAAUUCAGAGGACAUUCCAGUUCUUAUAGUGAAAAAAAACACACAAGAAAUAACAGCAAAGCCUACCGAUUCUUUUUUCGCCACUGUAUAUUACAGCCUCGCCGGUUAUUAUUAAUGGCGGCCGGCGAGUAAGCAAGUUACUGUUUUGAUCACAGUCAAUGUCUGUUCAGUGUGCUAUAGGUUUAGCCAUUAUUUGCUUCUUCUUUUUUUAACUCAAUCUGACUUUUAUUGGCUUGAAGCUGAUAGAAAAGAGAGAAAAAUAUAUAUGUAGAGUUAGAUAUUUGUUAUGGUGAGCUUGUAUAUCACAAUUUAUGCAACAAUUGUUGAUUAAAAAGUGUUAUUUGUUUGAUUA